AUGUCCAACAAGAAACUUUUCAAUUCAUUGGUAUUUUGCAUCUCUGGUACCCUAAGCAAGGGACGGAAAGAAGUUGAAAAUGAAAUUAAAAAGUAUGGUGGUAAAACUGCUGCUUCCAUUACCAAGGCAGUCACUCACUUGAUUACAACAGAAAAGGAAUUUGAGGAGGAAACAACAAAAGUUUCAGCCGCUAAGGAAAAGGAGAAAAUCAUUGUGAAGGAGGAUUUUAUUUGGGAUUCUGUUAAAUUGGGUGAGCUUCAACCUGCUACCAAGUAUUCAUUUGAUAAUGAAGAUGAAGAAGAGGAAGAAGAAGAUGAUGACGAUGAAGCUGAUGAUGGUCAAGAUGAUUUAGACUUUCAACCUCUCGCUAAAAAGAGAAAAAUUGAUGAGAGUGAGGUGGUGAAUAUUGUUAAAUUUACCAAUUUUCCUCUUUUAGAUGAUUUGUUAUUUUCAAUUUUCAAAUAUGUAACCAUUGAUGAACUAUUACUCUUGUCAAGAGUUUGUAAACGUUUCAAUGAUAUGAUUACUAAUGAAAAUAAUGAGUCAACCAUUACUUUCCUCAUUCAAACAAUGAAUAAUUACAUUAGAUCAACAAGAAAAGUGUCAGAACCAUACAAAUUCUUUUCUCUUCUCCAUGAUGAGCAAUACUCAGAUAAUAGACCUGUCGAUGUGCCAACUGAAGGAGAACAACAACAGGAAGCAAAUGUUGCUGUGAAUAUUAGUGAAGACAAAUUACAGAGAUACUCCUUAAAUUUUGAAAAGUUUAAGGAAAUGGUUAACAGAAAAUCAAUUUCUGUUGAAAAGGCUCUCCAAUUCUAUCCUAAUGCAAAGAAGGAAGAAUUCACAUCUACCUUGAGUUUAUUGGAAUCAAUCAAGUUUAGAUAUGCCUACGAUCAAAAUUUACUUUCCUCAUUAAGAACUGCCAAGAUUACGAAUGGUGAAAAUUUCAGUCAUUCUUUUGAUGAAGACAAUGCUGGAGAAAAUAAUGGUCCAACAUUUAAGGGAGGCCUUAAAAAGCAAUUGAGAUUACUCAAGCAACAUAUUGAAAGCUUUGAUGAAAUCAACUUUGGUCGUUAUACUGAAGAUUCAAUGGAUACUCCUCCAAAGACAUAUUCAAACUGGAUCGUCAAAAAUAGUGAAAUUUUGAAUAAUAUCAAAAGUAUCUACUAUUUAGAUAUCGAUCAAAGUGAUGCUGAAGUCUCUUGGAUUUGCAUUGAUGAUAUUACACCAGUUUUGAAUGCCAUGCCAAAAUUAAAUUUUUGGAUGUCAAAAGGGUCAAUCCAACUUGCUCUCUCUGCCAAUUUCUCUCAUCACAAUUUGAGAUCAAUCACUUUUAUUUCCGCAGGAUUGAGUGAGGUUUUCUUACGUAAUUUAUUCACAGCUUAUUUGCCAAAAUUAGCACACUUAGAGCUUUUCUUGGGAACAAGCAAUCAAGGAGCUGACUUUCAACCAGAACUCCUAAAGGAAAAAUUAUUAAGUCCAAAAGAGAAUGGCAUCUUCCCAUCAUUGGAAUAUUUGGGUUUGAGAAACUAUGAGUCUAUUGAUAAGAUUUGUGGUGAUAUUUUCGAUAGCUCAAUUUCAAAGAGAGUGAAAAUUAUUGAUAUUUCCUUAGGAACAUUAUCAGAUAAGGGAGUUUCAAAAUUUAUUGACAAGUUAGAAGGAGGUUUGACAACAGAUUUUAUGGGACUUGAGGUUCUAGAUAUGAAUCGUUGUUAUCUUAGCAAAUCUAUGAGAAACAGAUUGUUGGAACUUCCAAUUAUUGUAGAUACACAACCAGCUGAUAAUGAGUGGGAUGUGCAAGUUAAUGAUGAGGAUGAUGAGGAUGGUGAUGAUAUGGGAGAUAGAUAUAUUGCUAUCAGUGAGUAAAGGAAUACGAGGGUUUGUAGUUUCCAAUUUAAAUAAAUAUGUAUAUUAUGAUAUUU